AAGUCCAUAGUCCGCUUCGUCGAAAUUUUGUUGCAGUGCUUGGGUGAAGUAUACAAAAGUAUAAAAAUCUUUAUUUAUAAACGAGUGAGACGCAGUGCAAAGCGGACGGAUUAAACUAACUGUGUGGUGCAAACUUGAGUGGUGGACUAUUUUUUAUCUACAAUAUAUUUAUUUUAAAUAUUUUUUUAUAAAAGUUUAGAAUCUAUAAAUUUUUUUAAAUAAAUCUAAACUCAAGUCCACUAAAAUGGCUUUCUUAAAUAAGUUGGUAUCCUCAUCUGUUCGUCAAUUAGCAAGUCGUACAUAUGCCGGCGUUUCACAUGUAUCAGCUACCGGACCGUCUUUUACGCUUACUGAAGAUCAAAAGCAAAUGCAAGACUUAGCGCGUAAAUUUACCCGAGAAGAAAUUAUACCUGUAGCAGGAAAAUAUGACAAAAGCGGAGAAUAUCCUUGGGAUAUAAUUAAGAAGGCAUGGUCAUUGGGUCUAAUGAAUAAUCACAUACCACAAGAGCUUGGCGGUCUUGGUUUGGAUGUGUUCACUUCAUGUGUGAUUGCAGAAGAACUCGCUUAUGGUUGUACGGGUAUUAUGACUGCACUUGAAGCUUCUGGACUUGGU